CUGAUAAUCAGGGUGGGGUGGAGCUGACUGAACCCUGGGAUGGACAACGUAAAUAUUAAUGUUCAGACAUGAAACAGAAGAUAGUUUCUUCUUCUCGGCUCAUUCUCCAGACACAGAGAAGAGUUGUUCAGCAUUACUCUGGUUUUACUGUCCGGUAAGCUGAACCAGCAGAUGAUGGUGGCCAACUGCCGUUAUGUGAUGGACGAGGAGGGUGAAAGUGCCCUCUGCAUCACAGAGACUCCACCCACACCCCACUCACCUACCUCUAGGUUCAGACGCUGGUUAUUUCCUGCUCUGACAGCUGUGAUCCUGCUGAUUCUGAUCAUACUGCUGGGAGCAACCUAUAUGAAAAUGUCAAAUCACCUGCAGUCUUUGGAGCAGAGAUUAUCCAACCAGAGUGACAUCCAGUCACUACAAACCUCAGUGCAGCAGGCUCAAGAAACAGUCAAAGAAGUGAAGCAGCUGCAGUUUGCUGUUGAGAGCAACAAGAACCAGGCGCUGAAGCAGCUGGAGGUCAUCGACUCUCUCAGCAGGAAUGUCACCACCAUCAAAUGUUCCCUCAAACGUAUCAUCAACAACAGUUCAUCUACAGAAGGCUGCUGUCCUCCAGAGUGGACUGCUUUUGAAUCCAGCUGUUACUACUUCAGCAAUGUGUCUCUCUCCUGGAACGACUCCAGAGACCGGUGUGAAACACAGCAAGCUCACCUGGUCAUUCUGCGUGCUGACAAGGAGUGGGACUUUGUGACCAAUCGAACCAUCCCUCUGCAUUUCUGGAUCGGUUUGUCUGACUGGAGAACUGGAAGCUGGGAGUGGGUGGACCAGACACCAUACACUGUGGAGUCCAGGUGGUGGCGCCCAGGGCAGCCUGAUAACUAUGCUGGUCAUGGUGUUGGCCCUGGCACUGAAGACUGCGCUCUCUUUUACUAUGAUGGACGCCUGAAUGACCAGCACUGCUCCAUCAAGAGGCGCUUCAUCUGUCAGAAACACAGCCUGGAUUUUUGAACACACCUGCUCUCCUGGCUCCGCCCACUAGCUGCUCUCUAAAACAUCCCAAUUAAAGUAAAAGAUCAGUAAAAGAAAAGAAAUCACUGAGAAGUUCUAAUAUAAUGUAGAGCUCUCCUUCUGUGGACUUCUUGUUCCAUUGGGGGGCACUGUUGAGCUUCUCCAGAAGGAAUAAAUAAAGUUAGAUUAGAUUAAACGUAAUAAAGUUUAAUCUAAUGUAAUGAAUGGGACUGUAUGGAUUCUGUGGGUUCACAGCUUCUAUUGUCCUGGAGUGAAACACCUUUGUGAGCAUUAUGGAGUCCACAGCAGCAGCUUCAGUUUGUUCUUAAACUAACCCUGUGUGUGAUUUAGAACAUCACCAUGUUUUGGUUCUUUUUAUGAAUGAAUUACAGUCAAAGUGUGAAAGGAGGUGGAGGAGAGUCUGUACUCAUAACUGUAUCCAUAAACCUUUUGUUUAUGUGUCUGGUGUGGAAAUAUGGUUUCCCUGUGGCUAAAAUGUAUCCACUGUGCUCAUCUGGUGUGAAAGUCAUCCAGCCUUUCAGGUUAAGGCUAUAUAUGCACUCAGUAGGAAUCCACCAAUCAGAGCACAGAGACAGACACUGACCAAACAAUCAGCCAACAGAGAAUGAGACUCUGUUUUUGAUUUGUUUCCCUCUUUUAUGCCCCGCCCUCACUGUCUUCACCUUUGUAGGCUUUUACCUGUGCCCGUCUCAUUGCUACAUAGACCUUAUAUAUGGUCCUGCCUUCUUAGUAACUUGUAG